UUUUUCAUACUUGGCUGUGGCGGUGCUUUGUGCUUUGUUUGACGGUGGCUCGAGGAACUUAACGGACAUUAUCUCCGUCCGAUAUCUGUUUGGAAAUGACAGGAUCAUCCUUUAAGUCUGCCUUUUAACACCUUUGCGAAAUGGAUUCUGAAACUGAUAAUGGUUCGUUGUGGGAAGAAUGGGAUGAAUGUUUGAAAGGACUAGAAGAAACAGAGAAUUUCGAAGAGGAUCGUGAGGAAAGAAAGACAGCGAAUGAGAAAGAUGAUGAUCGACCCAGCUCGGAGCAUCUAGAAGUUUUGCACAAGUUCUUUGGACAUUCUAAUUUUCGCCCCAUACAAUGGGAAAUAAUCCGAUCUAUCAUCAAGGACCGGAGGGACAAUUGUGUAGUGAUGGCAACCGGUUCUGGGAAAAGUUUGACAUAUCAGUUUCCUGCUGUCUUCUCCAAUGGGCUUUCCAUAAUCAUUUCUCCCCUUAUUUCCCUCAUGCAAGAUCAAGUUUUAUCUUUGCAGAUGGCUAAAAUCCCUGCUGCAUUCCUGGGAAGUGCUCAGGUCUUAAAGGACAGAGUCAUGACAGAUCUGCUCGCAGGAAAAUUGCGAGUGUUGUACAUUACUCCAGAGUUCUGUGUGAAAUCACAAUUUUUUAGUCAAAUGGCAAACAAAAUAAAUAUUACCCUAGUGGCUGUUGAUGAGGCUCAUUGUGUGAGUCAAUGGGGUCAUGACUUCCGUGGAGAUUACAGAAAGCUGGGCCCAAUUCGUCAGUCAAUUCCCGAUAUUCCAUUUUUAGCUGUAACAGCAACUGCCACACCUGCUGUUCGAAAGGAUAUUUGCGAAUCUUUGAAACUAAUAAAUCCAAAUAUUGUCUGUUCAAGUUUUGACAGACCGAAUCUCUUCUUGUCUGUAUCUUCAAAGUCUCAUGACAUAUUUGCUGAUCUUCGAAAGUUUAUGGUGAGGUCAGAAAAUGGUAGAAUAUUCAGAUUUGAUGGCCCCACCAUUGUGUAUUGUCAGACAAAGAAAGCAACUGAGGCAGUAUAUCUCAUCUUACGAGACAACCAAAUCAAUGUUGAUUUCUACCAUGCACAACGUAAGAAUGUAGAGCGUACUCAGGUUCAUGAAAAGUUCAUAAGAGAUGAACUGGAUGCUAUAGUUGCUACUGUAGCAUUUGGGAUGGGAAUUGAUAAGCCUGAUGUCCGCAAUGUUAUUCAUUAUGGUGCACCAAAGGAUAUAGAGUCUUAUUAUCAAGAAAUAGGUAGGGCAGGUCGUGAUGGGCAGCCCUCUAAGUGUCACGUGUUCUACAGUACAAAAGAUUUUGCAAUAACUCAGCACCUGCUCAGUAAUCUAAGUGGGGCUUUCCUGGAGCAUCGUAGAGAGAUGGCAAAACUAAUGGAGCGCUAUUUGGACACAACUGCUUGUCGAAGGCAAACUCUUCUUCUACAUUUUCAAGGAAGCAGUUUUUCACCUAAUACUGUUGAAAUGAAGGAAAACUGCUGUGACAACUGCCUUGCUGGGAUUCUACAGAAACAUUCAAAAGGUCCCAAUAAUGGAAUGCCCAAUCCCACAGACUUGUAUGAUUUCACAGAAGAUGCCGAGUUGAUUCUUAAAACUGUUGUGGCCUUCGGAACUAAAGGCCUUACACGAACAAUACAGUGUCUUAGGGGCUCCAAAACAUCUCACAUUCCUAACAGAGCCAAAGAUGAGGAGUUGCAUGGCAAAGGGAAACACAGGGGUGAAGAAUGGUGGAAAGCUUUGAGUCGUUUACUUAUUCGUGAAGGCUUCCUUGAACAGAAGUACCUCCAGUUUAAUAAAGAAGUCAAAUCCUUCCCCCUUCCUGUGAUGGCAGUCACUAGCAAGGGGCAAAAACUGUUGCUCAGCUUGGCAUCGAACAGAAGAGAAAUUUCUGUCAUGUUGCCACCAGGACAUGAAUUGCAUAAGUUGAUCUUAAAAAAUCUGAAUCUCAAAGCUGCGAAGGAAAAGAAUGCUGCAUCUUCUGGGACUUCCAGUAGUGAUUUAAUUCUCCCUGACUCAUUGACUUCAAGCUCUCAGGAUAACAAAACCCAGAACUCACUCUUCCAUUAUCUGCUGAGAAUAAGAAAAGAUCGAGCAAAUGAAUUAAACUGUGCGCCCUUCCAACUGGCCAGUAUUCAAGCUCUAAUAGAACUAUCUCUUCUGAGACCGUCUAGUGUUGAUUUCUUAAAAAGUGGUUCCGUUGAUGGCUUCACUGAAUUCAUGAUCCAAAGAGACGGUACCUUUUGGAUAUCUCAAAUAGUGAAGUUUUGCAAGGAAAAUGGUCUUACCACCGAUGAAGUUCAAGCAACCUCUGAUACACAACCAUCUGAAGGCAGUUUACCUACAUCCUCUAGAAUAACCUACAUCAAAUUUCAAAAGCAGCAAAUGACUUUAGAGCAAUUAAGCACUGAGAGGAACCUUGUCCGGAGUACUCUAAUUAAUCACCUUUGCGAAGCCUUGAAAUUAGGGUUGCCUCUUGACCUCCCGAGGGCUGGAGUUAUUGAUGAGAUUCGGGAAAAAAUUGUUGAAGUUAUCAGAUCACCUCCAGUCAAUUCUAAUAUAGGCAAAUUAAAGCCCAUUAAAGAAAAUUGUCCUGAAUUUAUUUCAUAUGAUCAGAUUCAUCUGGUAGUUGCACACUUAACAGGUCUAUAUAGAGCAAGUGGAGGGCAGAACACAAGUGCAGUUGCUCCUUCAAAAGGUGGAACUAUGCCCAACUUGAAACAGUUUGCAGCAACAACCUCAACUUCUAUUCCUAGCUUCAAAUCUGCUGCUAAAGAGGUACAAUCCCAGAGUAGUUUGGAUACAUUGUGGUCAAAGACUACUUCUGCAAGCAGUUCAAAGAAACCUGUUAAUCAUUCCUUUUGGCGUGACCAGUUUUCCUCAGAUGAUACAAAAAAUGCAGAGGAUACUGUUGGUGUACCACAAGAACAAGCCAAUUUGAAGGAAGACUCUCCACACCCCAUAAUCAGAGCAAAUGAUGAGCCACAGUCUGAGGCAAACCAUGAUGUGUCUUUUGUUGCAUCGGUGGUGGAUUGGGACGAGGAGCCUUUUGAAACAUUUCAAGAUAAGACUGAUGUUAACAGUGACAUAGCUAUUGUGGGAGGGAAAGUUCAAAUUGGAGCAACCAAGGAUUCUGGCAUUUCUCAAUUACAGUCCCAGGCGCCCACCAUUCCGAGAAGUGUUUCCGCUCUCAAAUCCUCCAUUCCAAGUUCUGCCAAUGUAAAUGAUAAGACUGAAUUGAAUCGAAGCCUGUCUCUAGAUGAAGUAUGUGGAAGUCCACAAAGUGGAUCACUUCCUAGACCCAAAAGAAAAAUGCCUGAGUGGAUUACCAAGCCUAAAGCCCAGGCUGAAGUCCUUAAAAAAAUGAAGAAAAACUCUUUGUUUAAACUGUGAUGUUCUCCUGUAAUACUAAUUCUCUUUUUUAACUUCUUUAACUUUUAUUUUGUUUUAUUUCAACACCAUUACUCUCUUACAACUUCAUGGUUUCUUUAUUCAGUAAUUUCUCUGGAAGUUGCUUCGGAGCUUCGGGUACAUCACAUUCCUCAAAAUCAUAUUCUUGAAGUUAAGACAUCAUGUUUGGUAUAAACCGGUAUUUUGUUUUAUUCAAUAAAGACCCCACAACAUUA